UUCAUCUUUCCUGCUUUACUGUUUCCGUUCCUGGGAAAAGUUAGUGCCAUUCCCAUUGUAUUGAGUUCGAGAACUUUUUUUUCACUCGAUUACAAUGAAAGCAACAGUGCGCUUAUCUAUAGUUUGUAUGCGUUUAAGAUCAGUAGGUCGCAGUUAAUCAAGUCUAUAAUCUUUAUAUGGACAAAAACGCAUCAAAGUGAGGAGAGUUUCCUUCGCCAACAAGAAAGCAAGUCGGAAAACAGAAGCACGUACUAUAAGUUAUAGAGCCAAAAAGAGUUUGAGAAGCUGAAGAUGGCGCGUGGAUGCUUGUGCUGUGUCAAAUACAUGAUGUUCCUCUUCAACCUGCUGUUUUGGUUGUCAGGAUGUGGGUUGUUAGGUGUGGGCAUCUGGCUGUCCGUUUCUCAGGGCAGUUUCGCCACGUUCUCCCCCUCCUUCCCCUCCCUCUCUGCUGCCAAUCUGAUCAUUACAUUGGGCUCCGUCGUCAUGGUAACGGGCUUUCUGGGAUGCCUCGGUGCCAUCAAGGAGAACAAGUGCCUGUUGCUGAGUUUCUUCAUUGUUUUAUUGAUUAUUCUGCUGGCAGAGUUGAUUUUGCUCAUCCUUUUCUUCGUUUACACGGACAAGGUUAGUGAGAAUGCUAAACAGGAUCUAAAAGAAGGCCUGCAGCUCUACAACACGGACAAUAACAUCGGCCUCCGCAAUGCCUGGAACAUUAUUCAGGCUGAGUGGCAGUGUUGUGGUGUAACCGGGCACACGGACUGGCAUGAUGCCCUACAGGAGAAAGCGGUGCCAGACAAAUGCUGCCAGGAGCAUUACAGAGAGUGCGGUCGCAAUGCCACCAAUGUUUUCUGGUCACAGGGUUGCUAUGAGAAGGUUGAGGAAUGGCUAAAUGACAACAAACAUUUGCUGGGAACCAUCGCAAUGUGUGUGCUCGUCUUACAGCUGCUUGGAAUGGCCUUCUCCAUGACCUUAUACCAGCAAAUUCACAGAGCGGGGAAGAAAUAUGAUGCCUAGAGAAAACACCCCGAACACAUGAACUCCCAGAACACCUUGUGCGUUAUUUCACACUGUUUCAUGCCAUCACACUAUACUUUUGAAAAUACUUUAGAGCUAUUUGACUCGAACAGUUGGAAAACUUUAUGUAAGUAGUUCUGAAUUUAUUUUUUAUUUUUUUGGCCUGAAAUCUUAACAGCAACUGUAAGAUGAAAACUAAUGAAGCGUCCGUUUUUGAGAAGAAAUGAUCAAUGUUUGUGCCAGUUGAGCCAAAAUAGUUAUCAUCAAAAACAUUUCUUAGGCAUAUGAACUGAACAAGAAUGCGCAUGUCACUCAAGACCAGGAGUUGGUAUGGGAACACAUUGCGUACAAAGGGAUAAGUCAGUAUUUCUCUUUUGGACAUUUAUGUAAACAUAGACACAGUUCUCUCUUUUGAUGUAAUAGCAUGCUGUAUAUAUUUCACUUACAUGUAAGCGUACUUUACAGUUGCACUCAAACAAUCCUUUAUCCUGUUGACUUCUGUGUUAUUUUCUCAUUUAAAGUAAUAAUUUACCCCAAAAAUUAAAAGUCUGUAAUUAUGUACUCACCCUCAUGUCAUUCCAAACCUCCAUGACUUCUUUUUCUUCCGUGGAACACAAAAUACUUGUGCGCUACAUUCCAGUGUGCUAUUAACUCGAGAACCGCUGCAACUUGAUCAUUGAGUAAGUUGAACUUUAGAACUGGAUCAGUUCGAUUCUUUAAUGAAUCAUUCAGACGGAUUUUUUUUAGUCCGUUUAACCAAUGAUUUGUUCAUUAAUCAGACAUUGCUACUUUUCUCAAGAAUGCACCAAAAAGAACUAGGGCAGAUGUCAAGAUCUUCAGUGACUUAAAUUUUCUUACACUCAGCUAUGAAGCUGUUCAGCUGUGACGUCAGUUUUGUAGAUCCUGUAGCUCACAUGCUCAUGGUAGUUGUAGACCUUAAUUAGCAUUGUGUUAACAACAUGCUUUUUUAAAAAACACAGUAACUUUAAAAUAAAUGUUUGGGAUAGAACUGUGUGUAAUUUAUGUUCUCGAAAAAAACUUGAAAGUCUAUUCAAGUACUUUUAACCACAGGGCUUAUUUUACACAUAACUCUACAACCAGGGUUGGGGAGUAACGGAAUACAUGUAACAGGAUUACGUAUUUAAAAUACAAAAUAUAAGUAACUGUAUUCCACUACAGUUACAAUUUAAAUAAUUGGUAAUUAGAAUACAGUUACAUUCAAAAAGUACUCAAAAAGAGAUUACUUUGCAUUUUUAUUGUCAUUUGCUUCAUUUAAUAUUUAGUCCUUUCAGAUGGAAAAAUUUAUACAUAUAAAUGAUGUGAUCCAAAGUGCAUUUGAACAGCGGUGAAACACUUUCUUAUGAUGUGUUACAUUCAUACGAGCAGACAGAGAAGUAAGUUUGAAGUAAGUUUGGAGCAGAAGAAAUAGAAAUAAACCUUGUGUGAACUGUCAGCUUUACGCUAAGCUAAAAUGCUAUUUCUAGCCAUUUUACAUGCACGUUACCAGACACACUAAAAAAAAAAAUUAUGUAUAUAAAAAAAAAAACAUGUUAGAUUAUAUUUUUUUUUUCUCUAUUAAGAUUAGACAAAUUAGGGCAAAAAUCAUAUUUUUUAUGAGAAUUGUUUAAAUAUUUUCCUGUAAAAAUGUCUAAAAAUCCUUAAAACGAUCAAUGUGCUUUAUCUUGUUUUAGAAACAACACUGCAUAAGAUAUUUCGGUUUUUCAGAGAAUGUAUUUUUAACAUGUGUAUUUUGUCUUACUGUACUGACAGAAUUUUUAUAGUCAAAACAAGUGAAAAAUAUACCAGUGCUGAAGAAGUAAUCCAAAGUAUUUAGAAUACGUUACUGACCUUGAGUAAUCUAACGGAAUAUGUUACAAAUAAAAUUUUUCAGCAUGUAUUCUGUUAUCUGUAGUGGAAUACAUUUAAAAAGUAACCCUCCCAACCCUGUCUACAACUGCCAUUAUAAAAACCCAUAGGAAAUUUUUGAGGGAAGCCACUGCUCGAAAAUGCUAAUUGUCUUCUGGGUUUUUGUUCUACAACUUGAAUAACUCCAUUUUAUAGCUUCAGAAUAUUUUAAGUGUAGUGCACGUUGUAUGGACCACUUUCGACACUUUUUGUGGUGCUUUUGCAUCCUUUUUGAAGCUUGAAAGCUUUAGUCGCUAUUUAUUGUAAUUGUAUGGAAAAGAGCAAUUAGCCUAGUCUUCAGAAUUUCUCCUCUUGUGUUCCAAGAAAAAAAGUCAUACAGUUUUGGAACGACAUGAGGUUAGCACAUGUCAGAAUUUUCUUUUAUUGGAUAAGCUAUUCCUUUAAUAUGAGUGUGUAUGUGUUUAUUGUAAAAAAGUGUAUGUUAUAUGUGCAAGAGAAACUGGGUGUAUUAUUGUACUACAUGGGCUAGUCAUCUGCUUGCUCGGGGUCUUUGUGUCUGGGUGACUCUCUUCUCAUCUAUGUCUACUUUUUUUGUUGUUGUCUUGUUCACUGAUCUUUUCUAAGUGCAUCUGUAUUGCCGGGAGGCAAACGAGCUGUCCUACUCUGCCUACUGUCAGGGAAGAGAGGGAGAUUAGAUCAAAGGAUGCAGGAUAUAGAGGCCAGGAAAGAAGAGGGAAAAAAUACCUAUUAAUGGCCUCUUUUGAUACAAUGUCACUUGAACGAGUGCAAUGAGAAAUAACUUAUAAGCCAUAACCACAGAGAACCGUUACUAUAUUUCCUGUAGGAAAUCCUAAUAUACAUUCCUAUUCUUAUUCCGUUUUUGUGUGGUAUAGGUAUAGUAUAUUUUGACACAUGGAUAAACAGACGCAUCAGUAUUGGAAUUAUCAAGAUAAUUUAUUACCAAGAAACAUAAGAUGUGACAUAUAUGCAUAACUGUUUAACCAACAUUAUUUUAAAUAAAAAGAAGAAAAUGUUUUCAAGAAACUGUUGUUGCUUGAUAUAAGUUUUACAAAAAUAUCUGCCUCGAUAUUGGCUGAAAAAACAAAAAUUGUAGUUGUAGUAUUCCAGCACACAUUAUGGUUUAGCACGAAGUAAUAAUAAUAAUGAUUUUUGAGUGACAAAAGUUAAAGGAAUAUUCCGGGUUUAAUACAAGUUAAGCUCAAUUAACAGCAUAUGUGGCAUAAUGUUGUUUACCACAAAAAUUAAUUUCAACUCGUUCUUGUUUUUAUUAAAAAAAAAGGCACAAAUCUGGGUUACAGUGAGGCACAUACAAUGGAAGUGAAUCGGGACAAUCCGUAAAUGUUAAAAUACUCACUGUUUCAAAAGUAUAGCCACAAUAUUUAAACAACAUGCAUUUUUAGUGUGAUAAAAUUGCUAAACCUUUUUGCGUAAUGUUACAUCCAAAUUUACAACAUUUUUCCAUAUGACAUGACACAGUAAACCCUGAAAUCCCGAUAACUUUUGCAAAAACAACAAUUUAAACAGCUUUACAGCUCAAAUAAAAUGUGUAUUAAUAGAAGAAUUGAUGUAAGUGCUUUUAUAAAAUUAUACGCUUCACAUUUCUGCUUUUAAACCCUCAAAAAAUUGGCCCCAUUCACUUCCAUUGUAAGUGACUUACUGUAACCUCGAUUUUGCUUUAUUUUAUUUAUUUUUUUAAUAAAGAGGAGUGACCAGUCAAAAUAAUUUGUUUGUGGUAAAAUCAACAUUAUGCCACAUAUGCUGUCGACUGAGCUUACUUGUAUUGAACCUGGAAUAUUCCUGUAAAUCAGAAGCACAUCACUUACCAAAUAUUUAAUUAAUGUCUUUUUAAUACAUUUUUUGUGAUGACCUUUGUGUUGAUAUUUUUAUGAUGUGCAAACUCAUUUAAAAGUCUAGAGACCUUAUUCAGAGUAGUGCCAUAUUUAAUUUAGAGGGGAAUGAAAACAAGGCUGUGAGGGAUGGGCUGCUAUUCUUGUCUGAAAUCUGUGUUUACAUAUUCCUCAACACAUCUGCCCCAUGUUUAAAGCACUCUGAAAAUUGAUUAAAGCGUAUGGAGGAAAACAAAACAGAAAUAUUUCAACAUAACUUUAUACAGCUCAAAAUACACAAUACAAAAUAGAAAACAGUACUGGCUCUUGCCCUCCUUAGAGGAGAGAUGAGAAAAGAGGUUAGACCUCUCUGUAAUACACGAGGGAAGAUCUUUCUCAUCUCUUACAUCUUCUGUAGGAUGUUUGGCAUUUUCAAGAGGAAACUAAAGCAUUGGUCAAGCGCGGCAUGGCGGUAAGGCUAUCUCUGUCUCCCUCUGUUGGCCAAACACUAGAUAUAUUUGUUUGAAUGCUUUUGUGUGAGCCUUAAAUAUGAAGAAAUUCAGUCUCCAAAACAUUCAAACACACACAUAUAUGCAAAUGCACAUUUUUAGGCUUAAUUUGCAGUAUGUAGUUUCCUACAUUAUGUACACAACAGUGCAGUGUUGUGUAAGUGAUGCCCCGUGCUCUGAUGGAGAAAAGUGGCUGUUGCUCGUGUUUGUAGGUGAGUAUACUGUAUGUAUGUAUAUGUAUACUUGGUGUAUUGUGAUGUAAUAUUAUUCUUAAAAUGCUUUGAGGUAACUUUACUUUUGAUAAUUCCUACCAGUACAUUGUUUUUCAGUGUACAUGUGUGAUUAUUUAUCUGGUAAAGUUUAAUUUUAACAUGAGAGAGUUCCUGAAUUUUGACACACGAAACUCAUUGUAUUGAGAACCUACAGAGAUUUG